UAGAAAUUCAUAAGCGUAACGGUAAGGACCUGUGGUCUCUCUAUUACUUUUUACUUUUUACACAACACGUGUCAUCUUGUCUGACGGAAGAGGCAAGCGCAAACCAGUGUGGACCACAAGGAUCUGAAAUUUUGCUCGAUCUCCAAUCCGGUCACGCUAUCGCUACGAGUUGGAGGACAACGGGAACGGAAGUGAUCAAGAAAUAGGUGGUAGAUCGGCCGUUGUAUAUUCAUGUCGCCUUGUUUUCAUCCAUCGGCAAGAGCGGUUUCUUAAGCCUUCUUCUGCAUGAUUCUGUCGAUCCGCAUAAGUACCCGUUCCGAAAAAAUGAAAAAGACUGACCCGGCCCCCGCCACUCUGUGCUCAUGAUUAUGAUCCACCCAGAAUGUAGUGGAAGUACUAGACUACGAGGCAAAAUCAAGUUCAACAGAGCAGCUAUCGUGGCAUGAAAGACAUUUCCAAAUCGCUCCAUCGAGAAAGAAAUCUAGCCCACUUAAAGCGGUAGGAUCAGAAGCUGAAAUGGUUGUAUAAUGAGUCCAAAGUAGACCACACCGAUCCUGUAGUAGAAAUAUGCAGCCCAGCGCAUCAUGCAAGAAAAUUAUGAUCUUGUGCGAAGAACCAAACUGUGGUUCUCUUCCAGCUCAAUAAUUUGUUACUUUAGUUUGAUGAAUCUCAGUGAUAUUUUUCUCAAGAAUUUCUUUCAAAUAUUACCAAUAAACUCCAGGCUUGUUGUACGAGGAGACAGAUAGGUGGUAUUGUUCCAUGCAGCCUCUCGCUAGGAAAAAAGUCAGGACGAAGUUUUGAGAGGGAGGUUGUUAAAACUUCCACAGUAUCAUGCAACACGACAAGGACGACUUCAAUCUAUUCACUGUAUACUAUCAGUAUCAUUCCAACUGGGAUCUUCAACAUCAUUGGCUCUACUAUUUUUACUAGUGUUUCUUGCAACUAGAUCACGUUCUGCAGAAAAGUUUCGCGAGGAGUAUCUCAAGGCUUCUCUUUUUUUUGUUUGACCACGCCUUCCGACCAGCAGCAGCAAAAUGAGGAUCGAAAAGUGCUGGUACUGCAGUUGUAACGUCUAUCCCGGGCACGGGACGAUGUUUGUGCGGAAUGAUUGCAAGACGUUCCGCUUCUGCAGCGGGAAGUGCCACGCGCACUUCAAAAUGCGCCACAACCCGAAGAAACUCAAGUGGACCAAGGCCAGCAGAAAGUACAUAAAAAUUUGAACGAUUUUUUUUAUACAUUUUAUUCAUUGCCUGUUCAUUUUCUGUCGGUGAGAAAUUGAAACUCCUUGCGGUGUGGAGGUCACAAGAAGACAAGUGCGUUCAAGAUCACCUCGACGUCCUCGGCCAGCGCAUAAUUAUGACGGCAGCAACGUGCCCAACGCCCAACUUACCCAUGGGGGAUCAAAAAAAAAAUUUCGGUGUGUCUUAGAUAUAUGAUAUAGAUAUUUCUAUAAGAUAGGCAGUUGAACUAGUUAUAUAAUUUAAGUAGCUAGAAAAGGCGUUUUUUAAGGGUUUCAGGACGCUACUCCGCCGAUAUUCAGCUCCACGGAUUCGCCUCGGGUGUCUCCACGCCGGGGCGGCGGGAUACUGCACACGAAGGCGUGGCGCAGAUAGGGCACGAAGCUUCGCAGGGGGCAGAGGAUCGGCGGCCAGCUUCCCGUGGCGAGGCAGCGGGGCGACAUAAUUGCGACGGCCGUGUCGCACCUUGCCGCCCUUUUCUGUGUUUUGUUUGUGCCUUGCUGCCGCUUUCCGCCGAGCUUGGGAGCCAUUUUGUGAGGCUAUCCAAAGCGCCCCGGCUUCGUUGUGUUCCUACCUGGGCAGAUUGACCUCACACAGGACAACACGAGAGUCCGGGAUCCCCGUCCGCGAUGCCCCUCCGAGAUGCCCCCUUUUUGGCAAGGGACAAAACGACCACAGCGUCGGGGCUAGGGGUAAAAAUAUGCCCUACGGGAGGCCCUGUGUGGACCCCCUCCCGCGGACCCCCCCUCGCGCCCCCGCCUCUCGCCUGCGGCCCUGCAGGCCGCGGCCUGCGGACCAUGUUGCACUUGGCUUGCGGGUGCUUUUUGGCGAACCCCCCCUGGCAGCAGAUGGCACGCUGCUCAGCCUUUUCUCAUAAGCAGGGCGCGCGGCUUUGCGUGUCUACCGUGCCGGCUUGCCGUCAGCCAUCCCCUGGAUGCGGCUAGCUGCGCCAAACCUUCCACAGGCCACGCACAAUGGAAAGCGCGGGCAGUAGACAGACGCUACGCCAUGGGGCUCUUCCUCGGUUUUUUGCUAGGGUUCUGCGGCGAAUCCGUGGAGCUGGAUAUCGGCGAUGUAGCGUCCCGGAAGCUGUAAAAAACGCCUUAUAAAGAUAAGCUAUUAACCUAGCUAAAAACAAAUCACUUUUACUAGCUAGUCAAUAUACCACUACCUUAUUUACACCGAAAAAAAAAAACCGUAACCCUUUGGGUAACUUGCCUGUUGGGCACGUUACUGCCGUCAUAAUAAUCAAGCGUGAUUUAUUUUCAUUUAUUCAUAUUCAUGAUCUGCAACUGCAUCCAUAACGAGAUCUGCUUAUCUUUCGCAGACGGUAAAUGCAUAGUAGUACUAAAGAUGGAGACUGAAAGAAAAAGAGUCCUCUUUGCAUGUUGAUCUCGUGACAAUAAAUAAAGGAAUCUGUUUGGCUGAUACUUGCAGUACUAUUGACACGAAGUCCGCGACGUAUGUCUCUAAUUUCAUCUCAAGCUUCUAUUGAUCAACAAGCCAAUCGGCUCGAAAAACUCACCCCCGAAUAAAAUAAAAUUGUAGGUACCGCGGUAAGGAGAUGGUGCUGGACAAGACCUUCGAAUUCGAGAAACGGCGCAACGAACCGGUGCGGUACGACCGCAACCUGUGGAUUAAGACGAUUCAGGCCAUGAAGCGGAUCCAGCAGAUACGGCAGGUGCGCAAGGUGCGAUUCCACAAGAAGCGGCUGGCGAACCUGGUGAAGAAGCGCGAAACGCAGGCGGAGAAGGAACUGAAGAAGCAUGCGGAGAUCGUGUCUGUGUUCGGCAAGGAACUCGCCCGCAACGCCACGCUGAAGGCCAAGGGCGCGGAGAAGAAGAAACUGAAACUCAAACUCGGCCCGAAGACGGAGAAAAAGCAGGAGCUGGAAAAAAUGGAAGUGUGCACGACCACGGCGGCAUGAAUUUAUUAUGUUGGGGAUCAACAUGCAGGGUGGUCAACAAAAGUGUUGACAGGUCUGCAACAAAAGUGUUGACAGGUCUUCAUGUUGUCGUUUUUCUCCCAGAGCAGGAUUAUCAGGUCCGUGUCCUCGAAAUGCAGAUGAUGAUACAGGCAGAAAGAAGCUGCAGCUGGACAGCAACUGGACAAGCAAGGACGAGCCGUAGCAUAAGAUAGACUUCUUUUGCUCUCCUCUUCUUGCCGUGGAGAAGUAGAACACGUUUUGCUUCACUUUUCGGAUCCUCGCUCUUCAUUGAUCAUUUCGGACAUUUCUGGUCCUCCUGGGAACAUCAUUUUUCUCUACCACUUGUUUUCAUGCACCUAUACGAUUGCAGCUCUAAAGAUGAUCCUAGCCAGCGUGGUAAAGCUUUUGCAGAGUGCAUGGCAACCCAC